GUGGGUUAAGUUUGCGGCAAGGACACGCGACGCGAUUUGCGCCAGGCUUUAUCGGCGCACUGCAUUGUUUGUACGAAUUACGAAAUUGUCCCGCGUUGCUCUUGCGUUCUCUCCGCCAGGCUCCUCCGGCCUCUGGUCAACCUGACAUCGAGUGUUCGGCCUGAAGUGUGCACCCGCGCCUGCCCAUGUGUUUCGAUGCGAUCUGAGAUGUGAGCCCUUGCAGAAAGCACCACAUGUUGGCUGUCAACAACAUCUGUUGGGAUGAAAUUAUGUUUUCCGAUUCCAGCCGCUGAAAGGUAAAUCACCAGUCUGUGCGGCGGGGGUGGGGGUGCCUGUUUGCCGCCGCGACGGUAUGCCUCCGCUAUUAAGAAAGACUUUCCGGGUGACCAGUUCUCCGUUACAACCAUCAUGGCGCCUCGUAGCGAUGGAAAGCGACGGAAGACGGUGGUCGUAGAACGGGUUUGCACUGAAAGCUGCUUAUGAUCGCCUGCGAACAAGACCAAGAGACGGAGGAGAACAGGUGUCCUUCUGCGAAGAGAUUUGUAGGCUUCUGUGAGUCGAAUGAGGAACUGCUUGUGCAAAAGCCCGCACUGGCUGUGACUUCAGUGCGAUGGAACUCCCACCAAACAGGAUGUGAUCAGCUGAGUGACUAUCAGCUUUUCAAGAAGGACUGUGUUCCACUUGUUGUAACCGCGUCAAAGUAGGAAACCUUCGAGUCGUAACAGGAUGUAGAUGGCAGCACGCGAAGCUCACUGGACGUGCAGUACGUUGCGGCAAUUCAGAGCCAUCUUACCCGUGCCGCCAUGUUUGCAGUGAAUUCGGAGCUAUUUUUAAAUUCUGUGACUUACUAACCAACGCACGAUUCGUCGUCCGCGCGUGAAUAGAAUCUAACGACUUCCGUUGCCUUUGCCUUAUUCGUGUCGGUGCGACGACGUCUGGAAGGUGCCUCGGAGCACUGCGGGUGGUCUGUCCGAUGGACGGUGAAAACGGAACGCCUCUGCGUCCAGGAAUGUGGACACGGCGGAAAGGAUCGCGCGUCGUAGUGUGACGGCGGGCGUCGUCAGCGGAUGGAAGCACUUGGACGCAAGGCUUGCGCCUUGGAGACAAAAAUCGAUUGUUUUCUUUGAACAGUGUGGUUUUUUCAUCGUCGCCUUCCGGGUUGUGACGCCUCUGUCGCUGGAGACAGCAGAGUCCAGCCCGCACGAGGGCGUGACGCGUGCCAGAGUAAUGCUCGCAUCCGCCCGUCUGUGUUGACGCUGUGGCGCAGAGCAGGUGCAGCUCCUCACAUUCUUAAUGCAGACUGGGGACAAAGGUUUCGACUUGAGUGACCUGUGGCGCUCUCGGGCGUCGCCCAGCGCAGACAAGAAGCGGGAUGCUGCCGUCAGCUCGUUCAAGAGGUGGCGGCGUGGUGGCUGCAGAUCGACUCCCGGCCACACUGAGCCUUCCGCCGAGGAAGACGGGUCGCUCCUCAAGUUCCUGGCUCUGAAUGCCCUCGAUCUGACUGCCCCGGCUAGUGACAUACUUCUGAAAAAUAGGCAAAAUUCGUGGUUCCAGCUGUCAGGGCACCCAGACUGCUUUGCCCCAGCUGGUCCAGGCACCAUCUGGAAGAAGCGCAAUGGUGGCCCCGAAAAUGCUGAGCGCGAGGUGUAUGAAGCGUUGGGCGCUGACCCCGCCAUGAGGGACGUCGUGCCGCGGUAUUUCCGAGAGGUCGAGUUUCAGGGGGAGAAAUUCAUUGAGCUGCAAGAUCUUCUUCACGGCUUCUCCGAUCCCCACGUCAUGGACGUCAAGAUGGGGACACGCACGUUUCUGGAAUCUGAGGUCCAGAAGACCGCGGCAAGGCCCGACCUGUAUCAGAAGAUGGUGGCAGUAGACCCAUCAGCUCCAUCAUCUGAAGAGCACAGGGAGAAGGCCGUCACCAAGCUCCGUUACAUGCAGUUUCGGGAAGAGCAAAGCUCAACCUGCAGUCAGGGUUUCAGAUUGGAAGCUAUGAAGUUUCGUGGAUCCCCACCGGUUACUGAUUUGAAGAAGGUGAAAUCUCGUGAGGAAGUCAUGGUGACCGUGGCUUUAUUUCUGGGUGGCCGAGAGGAUGCCAGACAGAGGCUGUUGGCUCGUCUUAAGGAGAUCCGCGAGAGAUUUGAGCGGUCGUCAUACUUCCAAAAGCAUGAGGUGGUGGGAAGUAGUAUUUUUAUGAUCUACGAUGACACCAAAGUUGGAGCGUGGAUCAUAGACUUUGCCAAAACUGUCCCUGUACCCGACGGACGAGUGGUCAGUCACCGCCAGCCGUGGGCGCAGGGAAAUCAUGAGGAAGGCUUCCUAACUGGGCUUGAUUCUUUUAUCAGCAUUAUGGAGGAUGUGGAUCUGAAAUCGUCACCUGCAAACUACAAAAGCCCUGUCAGACAGAUGAAUAAAUCUUCAGCCCUGAAAUCUUGAAGUUAAACCAAACCAUUUGGGUCCACAUCUUCUUGACUCCAUUGGGUCAGAAUUUGAAAUUGAAGCUGUGAAGUAUCGACAAGUCGUAGCUGGUCACGGAAUGUGGUUGAAGGAUCGUCUUUGGAGCAGAUGAUACUGAAUGUUGGAUAAUAUGUCCUGUAAUGCAAUCACAGGCUGACUUCAUUUCUGUGAUAAACAGCCUUUGCAUUUGGUAUAGAAGGACGUAGAUUCCUAUAAACAAUAUUCUGAGUGAUUAUGUAGUGCUCUUAAAUAAGCCAGUGUUUUAAGUUUCAAGAUGCAGCGUUGUCUCUGUCCUUCUGCGCCAGUAAUCGUAUCACUUCUGAGUGGCUUUGAAAGGCUGACCUUCGUUCAGUUACCAAAAGGAAAUCAUUUUUUACUACUCCAUACAAAUUAAUUGAAAAACAUAAAAGAAUUCCUUUCACAAAAAUCACCUCAAAUACACAUCGAAAUAAAGUCUUCCGUCUGAUAUUUUUUACGAUUGAUAGCACGGUACUAAUGUCCUUCACUCAUAUGCGACGUGAAUUAGACUUGCAGUGUUGAUUCGUUUGCUGUUCAACUGUUUGUAAGAAUUUCAUAUGCAGAACAUAAUAAAUAACACAGCCACCUGAACUGGAGUGCAAUAAAAUGGCAGAUGUUGCAGCUGUUAUAUAAAGGAAUUAGUUUUGUUUCAUUUCCUUUUAAAUUUAAGUUAAUUACAUAUACAUUUUGUAGUUCAGUGUGUGUAAGAACAUAAUGUGUGGAAAUAAUUAAGUGCUUGUAGCCAGUGAAGGAGAUUAAUUGUGUUGGAAAUGAGAGUUACGUGAAAUCUUUUGUACGUUGUCCAUUGGACCAUGCGUGUUAAUUCUUUCUCAAGAGGAAGUUUGUCAAUGAGAACAUGUAGCGAAGGGAAGGUCAGUUUACUCGAGAGAUCAACAGUUGAAAUUGAAAUGCUGGCCAAAACUAAAAUAAAUAAAAUUAAAGUGUUUUUGUAUUGAUAAUAUUAAAUUGUUCAGAUGUUGAAAAUGGUUUGAUUGUUUUUAGGACAAGCAUUGUAGAGAAGUAGGAUGUUUCUUGUGGACAGGUGUCGUAAUUGGUUGCUUCAGUUUAUAUUCCAAACAGAGGAGCAUCAAAGCACUGACCAAAUAACACUACUUCCUGCUCUGCAGAACAAAGACAAAUGUUGAUCCCAACAAAAAUACACUGUCCAAAAAUGUACCGUAUAUAGAAGUUCAAAAAUUCAGGUAACUUUGUAGGCAUUUUACUGUGUUUGGUCAGUGCUGGUGUCAGUUAUGCGUUUUGUAAUUCAUUUUUAUGCUGCCGGUGUCAUACAGUUUAAAAUAUCAUCCAUUACUCGACAGAGACUCUUGUAUUUUAUUUCAUACAAUGAUUAAAUAUCAGAGUGUGCCCCUAUACUAUGCUAUAAAUUUCAAAUAAAUUUUCCAGUCGUUUAACCACAGUGUAUCCCAGAUUGCUUUAAAAUGUUCCUUCUACAAUUUCUGAGUAUGUGUUGGCAAACGUGUUUGUUGUCAGUAAUUGGUAAUUAAGAGCAAGUAAAGAAACCUCUGUUCCUAGUGUGGCUAGGGUAAGUGCAUUGUUCUAAGGUACAGAGUGUUUUCCAUUCCUCUCAGUUAGACAAAGCUGAAAAGAUGUAACCACCGAAGUCGGAUGGUUUGUGCAAUCGGCAUAAAAUCACAACGCUUCGAGUGUGGCCGUGUGCAUUUGAUCUGCCCUUACUGAGAAUAAGCAGUUUCUGUAGCAGGAUUUUUUAACUUAUUUUUCAAUGCAGAACAUUAUACUGAAGUAAUGGAUGUUGUUUUGAUGACGGUGUCUGCUUUCAAAUUUAGAAGAAUGCUGAUAGCUUGAAGUGGAUCAUUAUUGCGUGUCAGGUAAUCAAGAGUAUUGUUUUAGUAUUAGAAAUGUACGGCAUUGCUUGUACCUCAGGAAGGAGAUUGUCUUUUUAAACCAGCAUUUUACAAAAUGUUUGAAACAAAGUAUGAUCAGUGAUAUUUCUGCUGUUGCUGAUGAUGAUGAAGAUGAUGGCCAGUACAGCUUUAAAUCAUUUUCUAUUUUCAAUAGUCACGGAAGUGACUGAUUCCAUUUGUUAAUAUCUGUGUACUCAGUUAUCUUAUUUAAAAUGUUGUGUUUAGGUAAUCCUUAACAAUGGCAUAAGUGUUCAGUUUUGUUUUUUUAAUUUGCACUCCAUUCCAAGCACAAGUAGAAGUGCAUUCUAGUCCUCAUGCCUCGAAUAGCAUUUUCCAUUGUUUAACUCUGUGUAUGUGCUGUUGUGUUCUCAUGAUACAUUAUUAAUGCCUUUUAUGUACUUUAUUAGUAACUAUUAAUAAACACAUGAAUGAUUGUGUAACAAUGA